UCCGUCAAAAGGACCUCAGUGAGAAGAAAAGGAGAUCCUGCAAGGCUGGAGAUGAUCACCAAAGGGGUGGAACAGUGGAAUAUAAACCCCUGAAGUUCAGAAUCUAAAGUGACAGUGCAUUUGCUGGUCUUCUGGAGUGUAGGACUUGCUCUCUCAUGCCUCAGCUUCUUCCUUGGCUGCAUGGUGUGCUGGUAUCAACUGAAGAAGCAUCGUCUAAGCAAGAGCAAAGCAGAGCCGUUGGAUCGGACGCUGUUGGAAUUGGAGGUAGCUCGGCCUUCCGUCAAGAUGGUAGCACCCAUCCAGGAGCAAUAUCUCCAAAUAGAAGGGGAGGUCCAGAAUAAUCCACCACUUGCUGCUGCUGAUUUACCAGGUUUGUCCAUCCAGAAGACCCCGCAGAAGAGCCUCCUUUAUGGCCAAGCCUCUCUUCCCAAAAUCCCUGUUCCUCAAAAACUGCUGGUCCAGUCCCACCUGGGCUGGACACAUCGACAUACCAUCUCUGGGGACAGCAGAUUUGCCGAUGAAAGGAGUCUUCUCUCCAGUCCCAUUCUGGGCACCAACUCACCAUCAUCUGACCUUGUUUCAAGAGGCUUUCCCAACACUACUACUACAAAGACACGGCCUCAUCUUCACUUUGCGCUGUUCUACUCCCAACCCCGAGCCCUGCUGACGGUGACAGUGGUCAGGCUGUCCCACCUUCCCAUGGGGUUUUGGGCCAGUCGCAAUUCCUACGUCAAAGUGUACCUCCUGCCAAGGUUUGGUGAACCCCAGCGCACUGCCCUGCGCAAAAAAAACCUCCACCCCAAGUGCCAUGCAGAAUUCCACUUUGGCCACUACAGUUUGGAAGACCUAUCAAGGCUGAUGCUCUGCUUUGCUGUCUACGCCAAGGACUUCCACGGCAUAAAGGACUCGUUCCUCGGAGAGGUGAUGUUUCCCUGCACCCAGGUGGCAUGGGAGCCAAAUAUUUCCUCUGUUUAUACACAGGAGCUGUCACCCACCAAAACCAAGUUCAAAAAGGGUUUCAGCUCUCAGGACACAAGGUCUUCUGCUUCACUGUCUCAGCCCAACCCAGUGGGGCAACUUUUCCUCCUGCUCCAGUAUCAAGCUCUGGCCAACCGCAUCAAAGUUCUGGUCCGCAAAGCAGAGAACCUGGAGCGGCUCACCUGCUUUCCUGGGACACCAGACCACUAUGUUAUGAUCAACUUCUACCAUGAUGGGAAAGUGAUUGAUACGAAGGAGACCAAGUCCAUAGCAGGUUAUAAACCUGUAUGGAAUACCCCAUUCCUUUUCAGUGUUCCUGCUGGAGAUAUCCAGAAACAACAACUGUUUCUGGAGUUCACAGUCAUGCAAGCUCACCUCUAUAUCCGCAGCUGUGCCAUGGGUCGAGUUUUGAUUGGGCCCGAUGUGCCAGGGAUGGGUCAGCUCCACUGGAAAGAGAUGUAUACCCGGGGAAACGUGGAGUCUGCCCGCUGGCACUUGAUACAGCCUGAAGGUUUUCAGCCCUAACCUGGAUGUGUUGGAGUAUCAUCUGCCUCUUGUGGCCAACGGUGCUAAUCCUUCUUAACAGGUGUCUGGAAGAAAGGAAUUCUGGGGACAAAGGAACAACAGCCAUGCCAGUGAAGACUCAGAUCUGGUUCCAAGUGUUCUCAAGUCAAUUCUAAGCCCGCUCAAGUAUAUUCCAAGUAUUCUCCAACGGAUGAUCCCGGUUAUUUGUCCAGAAAGAAAUGAGUUUGUUGGGAGCUCUUCAAAACUCUGGAUUAAAAGGGUAGGUCCCAAUCCAGGUAGAAGAGAUGAUGGAAACUGAAAGGACAACAGAUUGCUUUAUUUUUCACUGCCCCAGUUUUGGUUCUUGGUUCAAGGACUGCAGCCGCUGCUAGAGAACCGAUUUACCUGCCUAACUCUUGAUAGCUAGUUACAAA